CUUUUUUGUUCAAAAUAGCGCCAGAAUUUCUGAUGCGAGAUGCUGCCUUGUGCGAUAAGCUGCGAACAUGUGUCAAGAAGGCUUCUUUUUGGAUUCCGUUUUGGGGUUUCUUUUUGUUAUUCACGCUUCAUUCUUAUCGGCAAACGGUUUAAAUACGCUAAUUGUGUCAAAGGUUCAAGUGUGCGUGUGAGUGUUUGGAUGAUAAGGUCUUUUGGCUGACAUUCAGGGAGACUAUAAAAGAAGCUACCGGAUGACCAAAAUAUUUUAGUUUUCACAAGUGCAAACGACAACAAACUACUCUUCAUCAUGAACUUCUCGUGGUUGGCUGUGUUCAUCUUCUCCAUGAUUUUUGCUGCUGUUGCUGCCGUCCAUUGUCCAGCUCCAUUCAAAUCGGAGGGUCAUGACUGCACUGCCAAGCGUACCAUCAGGGGCGAGUGUCCCCAAGGUUCCCAAUACAAGGCAAGCAUCAACAAAUGUGUCUACAAACACUAAAGUUGAUAAGGACUGUACAAAAAAAAAAUAUAUGCAAUAAAAAAUAAAAUAAACAAAA